AUGUACAUGUACUAUCAUUGCAACUACCAAUCUGAUUCUGGAACGUCUCGUGAAAAACAUCCCAACUACCAAUCUGAUUCUGGACCGUCUCGUCCAAAACAUCCCAACUACCAAUCUGAUUCUGGACCGUCUCGUCUAAAACAUCCCAACUACCAAUCUGAUUCUGGAACGGCUCGUCCAAAACAUCCCAACUACCAAUCCGAUUCUGGAACGUCUCGUCUAAAACAUCCCAACUACCAAUCUGAUUCUGGAACGUCUCGUCUAAAACAUCCCAACUACCAAUCUGAUUCUGGAACGUCUCGUCUAAAACAUCCCAACUACCAAUCUGAUUCUGGACCGUCUCGUCUAAAACAUCCCAACUACCAAUCUGAUUCUGGACCGUCUCGUCUAAAACAUCCCAACUACCAAUCUGAUUCUGGACCGUCUCGUCUAAAACAUCCCAACUACCAAUCUGAUUCUGGAACGUCUCGUCCUAAACAUCCCAACUACCAAUCCGAUUCUGGAACGUCUCGUCUAAAACAUCCCAACGACCAAUCUGAUUCUGGACCGUCUCGUCUAAAACAUCCCAACUACCAAUCUGAUUCUGGACCGUCUCGUCUAAAACAUCCCAACUACCAAUCUGAUUCUGGAACGUCUCGUCCUAAACAUCCCAACUACCAAUCCGAUUCUGGAACGUCUCGUCCUAAACAUCCCAACUACCAAUCCGAUUCUGGAACGUCUCGUCUAAAACAUCCCAACUACCAACCUGAUUCUGGACCGUCUCGUCUAAAGCAUCCCAACUACCAAUCUGAUUCUGGAACGUCUCGUCCCAAACAUCCCAACUUCCUCCUCUUAUCUUCACCUACAUGUUUUCGAAACAGACGCCUGAAGCAAGGGGAUGGAUCCUUGCAUUCUAUAAUAACAUCACUCAGAAACCAAAUUAUUCAAUGA